GGAGCAGAGUGGGGAGCGCGCCCGACCACCAUGCCGCGUUCGUUCCUGGUUAAGAGCAAAAAGGCUCACAGUUACCACCAGCCGCGCUCCCCGGGACCCGACUAUUCCCUCCGCCUGGAGAAUGUACUGGCGCCAGGCGGAGCAGACAGCACCUCGAGCACAGGCGGGGCGAAGGCGGAGCCCCGGGGCCGUUUAUCCCCCGAGUCUCAGCUGACCGAAGCCCCCGACAGAGCCUCCACGUCCCCCGGCAGCUGUGAAGGCAGCGUCGGCGAUCGGAGCUCGGAGUGUGAGGACUUCUGGAGGCCUCCGUCGCCUUCUGUGUCUCCAGCCUCGGAGAAGUCGGUGUGCCCCUCGCUGGACGAAGUUCAGCCCUUCCCCCUGCCCUUCAAGCCGUACUCGUGGAGCGGUCUGGCGGGUUCCGACCUGCGGCACCUGGUGCAGAGCUACAGGCCGUGCGCGGCCCUGGAGCGCGGCGCCGGCCUGGGCCUCUUCUGUGAGCGCACUCCGGAGCCAGGCCACCCCGCGGCGCUGUACGGCCGGGAGCGGGCUGCUGGCGGCGCGGGGGCCGGGGCGCCCGGGGGAGGCAGCGCAGGAGGCGGAGCUGCCGGCGGCGCGGGCCUGGGGCUCUACCGCGACUUUGGGCCCGCGGCGGCAGGACUGUAUGAGAGGCCGGCGACCGGCGGGCUGUACCCGGAGAGCGGCCACGGGCUGCACGGCGACAAGGGCACCGGCGUCAAGGUGGAGUCGGAGCUGCUGUGCACCCGCCUGCUAAUGGGCGGCGGCGCCUACAAGUGCAUCAAGUGCAGCAAGGUGUUCUCCACACCGCACGGGCUCGAGGUGCACGUGCGCAGGUCCCACAGCGGCACGAGACCCUUUGCGUGCGAGAUAUGCGGCAAGACCUUCGGGCACGCGGUGAGCCUGGAGCAGCACAAAGCCGUGCACUCGCAGGAACGGAGCUUUGACUGUAAGAUCUGUGGCAAGAGCUUCAAGAGGUCAUCUACACUGUCCACACACCUGCUCAUCCACUCAGACACCCGGCCCUACCCCUGUCAGUACUGUGGCAAGAGGUUCCACCAGAAAUCAGACAUGAAGAAACACACCUUCAUCCACACUGGUGAGAAGCCCCACAAGUGCCAGGUGUGUGGCAAGGCAUUCAGCCAGAGCUCCAACCUCAUCACCCACAGCCGCAAGCACACAGGCUUCAAGCCCUUCGGCUGCGACCUGUGUGGAAAGGGCUUCCAGAGGAAGGUGGACCUCAGGCGGCACCGGGAGACGCAGCAUGGGCUCAAGUGA